AGAGACCCAGAUGGAUCUCUCCGCCACCCCGUCCAGAUCCAAAUCCAGGCACAGAUCCACGCCGUCGAAGCCUGCCGCCGCCCCCGCGGUGGCUCAGAUGGACCUCUCCACCCCGUCCAAGCCAACGCCCAGGCGGAAGCCCAGGGCGGCCGCGGGGGGCCUCGUCCGUGGACCCGAUGUCUCCGGCGACCCCGUCCUCCCUCCGCCGCUCCAGCCGCCUCCUCGAGACGCCGACCAAGGCGCCCUCGGAGACCCCGGCGAAGCCCGCCCCGACCCCGACCCCGACCCGAAGCGGAAGCGCGCCGCCGCGCCGUCGCCCAAGACCCCGACGCUGCAGCCCGAGCCUAAGCGGCAGAGGCAGAGGCAGCAACAGCAGCCGAAGGCGAAGAAGAGGGCGUACUACCGGAAGGUGGUGUACGACGGCGGGGAGUUCGCCGCCGGGAACGACGUGUACGUGAAGCGGCGGGAGGGCGCGGAGUCGGACGCGGAGGACCCGGAGGCGGAGGAGUGCCGCGUGUGCUUCCGCGCCGGUGCCGCGGUGAUGGUGGAGUGCGACGUGUGCCUCGGCGGGUUCCACCUGCGGUGCGUGCGCCCGCCGCUGCGGCGCGUCCCGGAGGGGGACUGGGCGUGCCCGUACUGCGAGGCCGAGCGCGCGGGUAAGGCGAUCGAGAGGCCCAAGCCGCCGGAGGGGAAGCGCAUCGUGAGGACCGCCAAAGAGAAGCUUCUCUCCAGUGAUUUGUGGGCUGCGCGCAUUGAGAGUUUAUGGAGGGAGCCGGAUGGAAUAUUCUGGGCAAAAGUAAGGUGGUAUAUUAUUCCUGAAGAGACUGCAGCAGGAAGGCAGCCACAUAAUUUGCGCAGGGAGCUGUUCCGAACCAAUGAUCUUGCAGAUAUUGAGAUGGAAACAAUCCUUAGACAUUGUUAUGUCAUGAACCCCAAAGAAUUUAAGGAUGCUAAUGAUGGAGGAGAUGAUGUAUUCUAUUGUGAAUACGAGUAUGAUAUACACUGGCAUAAGUUUAAGCGUCUGGCAGACAUCGAUGAUGAACCUGAGGUAAAGGAAGAUCCUGGUGAUGAAACUUACAAUGCUGGUAAUGAUUAUGUCAGUGACACGGAUGAAGAUUCUGAGUAUGACGAGGAGGAAGAACCAACUAAAUGUAGUUCCGCUAGAAGGAAUCAAUCACAUGAAUUGGCUGCGAAUCUGCGGAAAGGGAGGAUAUAUGGCCUACAAAAAAUUGGGAUCCAGAAAAUUCCUCAGCAUGUUCGGUGUCAUCAAAAGACCAUCCUGGAGAAGGCAAAAGCAACCCUGUUAUUGGCAACUCUUCCUAAGUCAUUGCCUUGUAGGGAUAAAGAAAUGGAGGAGAUAUCUGCAUUUGUGAAGGAUGCAAUUUGCAAUGAUCAAUGUCUAGGACGCUGCCUUUAUAUUCAUGGUGUACCGGGUACUGGCAAGACUAUGAGUGUACUUGCAGUUAUGAGGAGGCUAAGAUCUGAGCUUGAUUCUGGGAAUCUAAGGCCCUAUUGUUUUAUAGAGAUUAAUGGUCUUAAAUUGGCUUCUCCUGAGAAUAUCUACAAGGUUAUAUAUGAACAAUUGAGCGGGCAUAGAGUCGGGUGGAAAAAAGCUCUUCAUUAUUUAACCGAGCACUUUUCAGGUGGCACUAAAAUUGGCAAACAAGCAAACCAGCCAAUUAUUUUGCUCAUCGAUGAGCUUGACCUUCUUUUGACAAGAAAUCAGUCGGUGCUGUAUAACAUUCUUGACUGGCCCACCAGGCCAAAUUCAAACCUAGUUGUUAUAGGUAUAGCAAACACAAUGGAUCUGCCUGAAAAGUUAUUGCCUCGUAUUUCAAGUCGGAUGGGUAUACAGCGACUUUGUUUUGGCCCAUAUAAUUACCAGCAACUGCAGGAGAUCAUAACAAGCCGUCUAAAGGGCAUUGAUGCCUUUGAAGACCAAGCUAUUGAAUUUGCUUCUAGAAAGGUAGCUGCUAUGUCUGGUGAUGCAAGGCGGGCCUUAGAAAUAUGUAGACGUGCAGCAGAGUUUGCAGAUUACCGUGUUAAACAAUCUGGGCACACAUCUGUGAAUAAAGGGAAAAAUAUUGUUUGCAUGGGUGACAUAGAAGCUGCUAUCCAGGAAGUCUUUCAGGCACCACAUAUUCAAGUGAUGAAGAACUGCCCAAAAUUUGGAAAGGUUAUAUUGGUUGCUAUGGUUCAUGAAUUAUACAGAAGUGGACUAGGUGAAGUAAUGUUUGAUAAGCUGGCAGCAACUGUCCUCUCUUGGUGCCACGUCAACAGAGAAUUAUUGCCUGGCUAUGAUACUCUUCUGAAAAUCUGUUGCAAGCUUGGUGAAAGUAAGAUCAUUCUCUGUGAGGAAGGCACUAAGCACAAGUUGCAGAAGCUUCAGCUUAACUAUCCAAGUGAUGAUGUAACCUUUGCCCUGAAGGAAUCUCCAGAUCUUCCAUGGUUGUCCAAGUACUUGUGAAGCUUACACUUGAAGUGGUUGCAUCUUCCCAGCAUUGCAUUCAUGUACUCCUAGGAGUUGAAGAGCAACUCACAUUCUUUAUCAGCUAAUCUCGGAAAGUUUGUGAAUGCAAUGGCCGAUCUUCCAAAAACUGACUCAAAGGAUGCCGCUGCACCAAAUGCAAUGCAGUGGCGCACCUGUAUUUUAACUUGUAAACGCGAAGAUUGUACGUCUCCAAAUUUUUUCGCCUAAUCUGUUGUUACCCAAGAAACUUGCUCCAAAGAGAUGUCUUCUGUUUCUUGUGAACUGGUUCUACCACAUUUGUAACUGGUUUAUCUAUAUCAUCAAAUUAU